AUGUCUCAACAACAUUCUGUUGAAAAAACUGAUGUAUUAUUCAUUAAUAAUAAUAAGGGGUUUUCAGGGAGCAUAGAUUUUAACACAACAAAGAUUCGUCUUCAAGAUGCACUUAAAACUACAUCAUAUGAGCAUUCAGAAAGAGUAUUUCGAGAUAUUGAUGCAACUUUUGUUACAUUCAAAGCAUUAACUCAACUCAAAAUGGAAACAUAUACCCACAAUGAUGGUAGAACUCAAUUCUUAUUAUGUCUUUAUGGAACUAUUCCAAUUACAUAUCGGUCAACAUCUUACAAUAUUCCUAUCGCACUAUGGAUUCCAACUGAAUACCCAAAGACUGCACCUUUUGCUUUCGUAGUCCCCACACCUAAUAUGCUGGUAAUGCCUUCUCAAUAUAUUGAUGUAAGUGGUAGAUGUCAUCACCCAUAUUUACAAAAUUGGGGAAAUCAAAACGAGGAACCAAAUAUUGUUACAUUUUGUUCAAUUCUACAAGCAGUAUUUAGUCAAACUCCACCGGUAGUUACAAAACUCACAACACCACAACAUUCUACACAUCCUCCUCCUUUACCUAAAUCUCCAAAUCUAUCACCUGCAUUACUACAAUCUAGAAAUCACAGUUACAGUGUGCCACCACCUGUUUUUCCUUUCCUUCCUCAACAAUAUAAUUUUUCACCAUCAAUAUCUGGUCAGCGGACACUUCAACCAUUUCCACUACCACGUUCUUUAGAACCACAACCAAGCAUACUUGAUGCACCACCAGUGGUCAUAUCACAACCUGUACCAUUACCUAAAACACAAAAUCCUGAACUGAUCAAUUUACAAAUUAUGGUUUAUGAUAAAGUGAGAAGGAAAUGUGAAGAAUAUGUUGAGAUAGCAUCACCAGAAUUUCACAUGAUAAUGUCUAUUGGUGAAAAACUUAAUCAGAAUCAGAUAUUGAUUGAAGAAGAAAGGAAACAAUUAUUUGAGUGUGAGACAAAAAUAAAGAAAAAAACUGAAAUUUUGAAAAAUAAAAUUUCAGAAAUUGAUAAACUUAUUGAACAUGUUAAAAAUAUGCCCGAAAUAUCAGUUGAUGAUAUAUUAUGUGGAUCCACCAUUGAAAAUGCAAUUGAAGAUGCAAUUUACUAUUUGGGAAGAACAUUAAAUUCUGAAAGAAUAGAUUUAAAUACUUACAUGAAGAAUAUUCGAACUCUUGCAAAGGAGCAAUUUAUGAGGCGGGCAUUGAUUCUUAAAAUUCGUAAACAAAUAGGAUUGGAUCUUGUAUAA